AUGGCUUUACCGAAGCUGAGUGAUCCUUUCGCCGUAAUGCCACUUCUUUUGCGGCUGCAGCGCUUCGUUGGGCUGUGGGGCGAACGACGUUUCCGGUACAAAUUUCGGCUAGCAUUUUUAAGCUUCUGCCUACUUGUCGUAAUACCAAAGCUGGCGUUUGGUUAUCCGGAUCUGGAGACAACUGUACGUGGGACGGCUGAGCUGAUUUUCGAAUGGAAUGUACUUUUCGGCAUGCUGCUGUUUUCGCUGAAACUAGACAACUACGACGAUCUGGUGUAUCGUUAUAUGGACAUUGCAAAGAUAGUAUUCCGCAAGGAACUCCCUUCGGAAUUGGCCAACUAUCUUGUGCACAUCAAUCAACGCAUUGACAAGUUCUCAAAGAUCUACUGCUGCAGUCAUCUGUGUUUGGCCAUCUUCUACUGGGUUGCUCCUUCGUCAAGCACAUAUUUAGCCUAUCUGAGUCGUCCUAAUACUUCCAUCCCAGUAGAGCAUGUGCUGCAUCUGGAGGAAGAGCUGUACUGGUUCCAUACCCGCGUAUCACUGGUGGAUUAUUCCAUUUUCACGGCAAUUAUGCUGCCCACGAUCUUCAUGCUAGCAUAUUUCGGUGGAUUGAAACUUCUGACAAUCUUCAGCAAUGUCAAAUAUUGUUCGGCCAUGCUGAGACUGGUAGCGAUGAGAAUUCAACUUAUGGACCGGUUGGACGAGGUACAGGCUGAGAAGGAACUGAUCGAGAUCAUAGCGAUGCAUCAGAAGGCUUUAAAGUGUGUAGAACUGCUGGAAAUCAUAUUCCGAUGGGUGUUUUUGGGUCAGUUUGUACAGUGCGUUAUGAUCUGGUGCAGUUUGGUUCUGUACGUUGCCGUAACGGGACUCAGUACUAAAGCGGCCAAUGUAGGAGUGCUCUUUAUUUUACUAACGGUGGAAACAUUCGGAUUCUGUUACUUUGGAAGCGAUCUAACCUCGGAGAGCUUGAGCGUCGCACGUGCAGUGUACGAUUGCUACUGGUACGAAAGAUCGGUUUCAAUCCAACGCAAGUUGCGCAUGGUGUUACAGCGUGCCCAAAAGCCGGUUGGCAUAUCUGCUGGAAAGUUUUGUUUUGUCGACAUUGAACAGUUUGGGAAUAUGGCAAAAACGUCCUAUUCCUUUUAUAUCGUACUGAAAGAUCAAUUUUAA